UCAGUCCACGCAGGGGAAAUCAUCGGUGGCCAUGAGACCGUGCCACAUAGCAGACCGUACAUGGUGCUUUUACAGCAGAACAAGGCAAAUGGUCAUACAGCCCACUGUGGUGGCUUCCUUCUGAAUGAGAAUUUUGUGUUGACUGCAGCCCACUGCCAAGCUGAGACAUACGAAAUAUUCCUGGGUCUUCACAAUUACCAUCAUAAGAAUGGUGUACAACACACGCAUGUGGAGAAAGCCUUUCCGCAUAGCAACUACAAUGCAAAUACUUUUGAAAACGACAUAAUGGUCCUUAAGUUGAAGUCCAAGGCAGAAUUUAACCAUAAAGUGAAGUCCAUUGCUCUCGCAGACCAUGGUGAUGGCUCUCUGCCACAAUCAUGUGUCGUCUCUGGCUGGGGAAGAACAAAAGAAGAAAGCAAUAUGUCUGUGAAACUCCUGGAAGCGAAUGUAACCCUGACUGAUGAUGAGAGGUGUGCUAAGGAAAUGUUUUACUGCUCUAAGGGCGAGACUGGACCAGGCAAGGGAGACUCUGGUGGUCCAUUAGUCUGUGGAGAUGGAAAGGCAUAUGGGGUGGUGUCCACCA